AUGUGUACAGCGGCCGCUGAACACAGCGUCGUUCACACCGUGGGCAGCUGCGACGUGUCUCGUAGAGGCAACAUUUGUGGUGAUUUUUCAUUUUCACUGAUAUUCAUCUCGGUGGUUUUCUCCUUUUCAUUGUCUACUGCUGGCAGAUAUGUGGAGAAUGGAUCACUCGCUAAUAUUAUCAAGCCAAAUAAAUUUGGCCCUUUUCCGGAGUCCUUGGUGGCCGUAUACAUAGCCCAGGUACUUGAAGGUCUGGUGUAUCUACAUGAACAACGUGUCAUUCAUCGAGAUAUCAAAGGGGCAAAUAUUUUGACAACAAAAGAGGUGCCUGUGGGUAGAGCAACCCUUGGCCGCAUUAUGAAUCUCAUUGGAGAGCCUAUUGAUGAGAGAUGCGAUAUUAAAACCGAUCACUAUUUACCAAUUCAUCGUGCAGCUCCUGCAUUUGUGGAGCAAGCAACUGAACAACAAAUUCUCGUCACUGUUUUCUGUGUUGAUUUGUUACAUAAAGUCGUCGACCUUCUUGCACCAUACCAAAGAGGAAAGAUUGGGUUGUUUGGUGGUGCUGGUGUAGGAGAGAUUGUUCUUAUCAUGGAACUGAUUACCAAUGUUGCAAAAGCUCAUGGUGGUUUUUCUGUCUUUGCUGGUGUAGGAGAACGAACUCGAGAGGAAACAAGAAAUGAAAAUGAAUUUGAAGUGAAAUGGAGUUGGUCUCCGGCGGUGGGUGCUUCGACGACAGUGCAAUCUGAUGGCGUGAGAGGGAGAGGAAGAGAAGAGAAGAGAGAACAGUGA